CACUGCAGGUGUGCGAGGAGGACACAUGCGCGCGCACACACACACCGCAGGAUCCGCACCAAGGGGCUCCGCUGUGGAAGAGCGCGAAACGUUCCUGACCUUUGGGUGAACCCGUCCUUGGAAGCGCGAGACGACACAGCCCCCCCCUCCUUCCAUAUUACAGAAUCGCACCCUGCCGCGCCGUGGAGACCGAGAGCCAGGCUGUCAUCACAUGCGCGCGCGCACACACACACACACACACACCCACCCUGGAGGGGAGUGAAAAUGCUCCGUACGCCGGUGAGCCCCUGAAAGCAAAGGUUUCAGUGAAAAAGUGGAGGAAAAGCGGCCGUAGUCGGUGUCUAGUAUUGGAGUAAAAGCCGCGCGCUGUUCGACGUCGCCGCUGAAGUGAAGUUAACGAAAGUGUUGUUCUUUCAGCUGGAGGAAGGAAACUGCGUCUGAGACGACACCAAAAUGCGUUCUGUCACGCGCCAUCAGCGAUUGGGUCUGAAGUGAAAUACAGAAAAUGCUGGAACGAAGGCGGGUUCGCGUGAAGCGAAUCCGGCGGAGGGGUCCGAGUGAAGGGCGUUUGUCGCUCUCCGGACAAGAAGGACGGGGACACACACACACACACCCACACCUGAGCGCCGGGACCAUCUGCGCACGCGCGGUCACAGGGAGCGGCUCACGAGCGCGGAAGGAGGCCUACCGGGGGGAGCGAACCGAGCCGUUCGGGGUCCCACCAGUAAGAAGAGGCAGUGAGGAGUGUGUGUUUACCUACCAGUUAGUGUGGAUGAGAAAGAGUGCUGUGGCCAUCGUUGUGGUUGCUGCGGCCAUAGGCGUGUACCUCCUGCCCUCUCCUAUUGAUCCAGAGCCAUUCAUAGUUGAGGGACCCCCGCCGGCUCUGGAGGGCCCACUGGCUGUCAACAGCAGACUCCAGCAGGGAAGGAGGCUCUUUGUUGGGCAGCUCAAAGGGCCAGAAUCCUUCACAGCAGACCAGGAAGGAAAUGUGUACACAGGUACUGUAGAUGGGAAGCUCUGGAGAAUCCACGAGGACACUCUUCACUUCAUCACCCAGAUGGGGGAGAACAUUCCAGAAUGCGGUUCCAGCCAGGACUUUGAGCCAGUCUGCGGCCGUCCGCACGGACUGAGACUGGAUCGGCACGGGCAGCUCAUUGUGGCUGACUCAUACUUGGGUCUGUUCCAGGUCAAUCCAUGGACUGGGGAGAAGACCCUCCUACUAUCAAGCAAGGAAGGUGCUGAUGGGAUUCCGUUCGGGUUCCUGAAUGGUCUGGAGAUCUCUCGCAAUGGCACUGUGUUCUUCACAGAUUCCAGCAGCCGAUGGGGUAGGAGGCAUGUCCGCUACGAGGUUAUUGAGACCAAUCAUCUUGGCCGUCUGCUGGCCUACAACCCAGAGACAGGUGAUGUGUCAACCCUGCUGGAUUCUUUGUACAUGCCCAAUGGCAUUGCCUUCUCUCCGGAUGAAGACUUUGUGCUUGUUGCUGAGACCAGCAUCGGCCGUAUCCUCAGGUUCUGGCUGAAGGGGCCCAAAGCGGGAACUAAAGAGAUCCUGAUGAAUAACAUGCCCGGCUACCCCGACAACAUCCGUGUGAGUGACCGUGGUACAUUUCUUGUUGGCAUUACCACCAUCCGCUUCCCUGGCCGUCUGUUGCCACCUUUCCUGGACCUCAUAGGGCCUUACCCGGCCUUCAAGCGCUUCAUGAUGAAGGUGGUUCCUGUGAACUGGUAUAGCAUUCUGCUGCCAAAAUACGGCCUGGUUCUGGAGCUAGGCCCAAACGGUGAACUUCUGGGCAGCCUGCAUGACCCGGAUGGCAGCCUGACCUGGGCAGUCAGCGAUGUCUUCCAGCAUGGCAGCACGGGCACCGCUACAUUACCGCUUCCGAAAGGCAUCAUCCAGGAACUUCACGGAGGAGUUUGACAUGGGUGUCUUUGCC